AACAACCAUAAAGCUUUCAAAAAAGACGGUUCGGCCAUGCAAAUACGUAAAAACGGACAUAACGGCCACAACCGAGCAAAAUAGCUGCAAACCGGAAGUGUGUGUGUUACAACUGCUUUGAGAGAGAGUGAGUGGUAGUUGGGGUGUAAACAAUCGACCAUGUGACUUACUUAACUUGUGUGUUUGAAGUGUACACUCAAAAUAGAAAUUGAAUUAGGAAAGCAUACUUCAGUCUCUUCUCUCUCGGCUUUGGCGAUAGUUUUAGGGUUUCAAGAACAGCUGCAUUUGAGCACCACAGAUGAUUGUGCGUCCAUUCAUGACCAUCCGACCACCUGAUAGUACUGAUUCUCCUCCAUAUGGUCCUGAUGAGGACAUGCUGAGCAUAAGGCUGUAUCAUGGGGGGAAAUUGAGGUGGUUGCCAAGAACAGAGUAUGUGGAUGGUGAGUUGAGUACCUAUGAUUUUCAUGCUAUUGAUAAACUGUCCAUUGACGACAUUGGGGAGAAAGUGCAGGUUUUGGGUUACAGUGGCUUCAAGAAUUUGUAUUUUAGAGUUCCUACUAAAAGUUUGGAGACUGGCUUGGUUCCAUUGAAAAAUGCUGGUGAUUUUAAUUUGAUGUUGAGCUAUGCACAGAAAAACAACUACAGCGCCGACAUAUAUGUCAAACAUUUCAAUGAUCAGGAAGACGAUGAUCGUGACCUCAGUAGCCAAGAUUUUGAGAAUAUUUGUCCUGCUGACUAUGAGAAAAGAGACAGCAAUGAGGUUUUUUAAUAUGGAUGAAGAUGAUGAGGAGUGGCCGGGGUGGUCAGACAGUGAUUAUGCCAUCAGUGAUGAUGAUGCUAUGUUCAAUCAAAAUGUUGAUGAAGGUGCAGAGUGGAUUGGGAAAAUAAGACAGAUGCAUACCGUCUUUUUUGAAAGUUUUAUGGUUGUUGUGUCCACUGAUGCAUACCUGAGUGGUAAAAAUGUAUUUUAGCCUUUGCAACAUCAUUAAUCAUUAUAGAUAGGCCGGUAGAUUUGUUUUUUUUUGAAUA